AUGAAGAUUCAAUUUUACCUUUCGAUUUUGUCUGUCGCUUAUUCGGUCUCGGCCGCCUAUGUUCCCUCGGCGCCAUGGAGCACGCUUACGCCCACCGCAACGUUGGAUUCUUCGGCCAGUGCCACUGCCAGUUUUGACGGUUCGUUCGCUUUGUCUGUUUCGACAAUUUCCACCAACUCGGCUGCGGUUUCUGCUGCUUCAAAGGUGGGAGCUGAGAAGAGAGACGAUUUGGUUGGUCAGAUCACCGAUGGUCAGAUCCAGCACAACUCUAAGGGAGGACAGAAAAGUGCUCCUACCAAGUCUGUGGUGAACCAGAUCACCGAUGGACAAAUCCAGCAACAAACCAAAACCACCGCUGCCGUGGUGAACCAGAUUUCUGAUGGUCAGAUUCAGCAACAAAGUAAGACUACUGCUGCUGUAAUCAACCAGAUUUCUGAUGGGCAAAUUCAGCAACAAACCAAAACCACUGCUGACUUGGUGAACCAAAUUUCAGAUGGUCAAAUCCAGCAACAAACCAAAACUACAGCUGCGGUUAUUAACCAGAUUUCUGAUGGUCAGGUCCAACAGCAAACAAAAACUACUGCCUCUGUGGUGAACCAGAUCUCGGAUGGUCAAGUUCAACACCAGACCACUGCUCCAGCCCACAAGUCUGUCGCCGAGCAGCUCUCCGAUGGACAGGUUCAACACCAGACCAAAGCUGGUCAGGCUACUCAAGUCAGCGAUGGACAGGUCCAGGCUUCUGGUUCUAGUUCAUCGGGUAACGACUCUUCUUCCGACAGCGGUUUUGAAGAGACUUGUGUUUCUUCCGACUCGUUGACUGUGACGCUCAAGAACGGAGUUUUGAAGGACAGUAAGGGCCGUAUUGGCUCUAUUGUUGCAAACCGUCAAUUCCAAUUCGAUGGUCCUCCACCUCAAGCUGGUGCCAUCUACGCUGCAGGCUGGUCUAUCGUUCCUUUGGACUACAAGGAGGACAGCAAAACCAAGCAAUUGGCCGAUGAUCAGAAGAAGGGCGAGAAUGAAGAGAAGGACAAGAAGGAAUCUAAAGACAAGAAGAAGGACGAGAAGAAGUCUAAAGACAAGAAGAAAGACAAGAAGAAGGACAAGAGAGAUGAUGUCAAGUGGGGCAAGUUGGCUCUUGGAAAGCAAACCACCUUCUACAAGUGUUUGUCUGGAGACUUUUACAACUUGUAUGAUGAAAGUAUUGGAGGUCAAUGUUCCGAAGUUGAGCUUGUUGUGUUGAAAGCAGUUGAGUGUUAA